CUGUACAUAGUCAUCAACUUAAUGAAAAUGCUGAGACUAAUCAGGAAGUAGCUACACAAACUCAUUCUGGAGAGGAGUUUUCAGUUGAUCAGCCAAUAGCUUCAGCCUCUAUGUUGCAGGCUCCUCCUGUUGUUACACAAAAAUCACUUGUUGGAAUGUGUGGCUCAAUUGUUGCUCAUUUACAAGCAUCUGGUCUUUCUGAAAAUACAGUCCAAACAAUUGUUUCUUCAAUGGAGGAAGUUGUCAAUGAUGUACAUAUGCAAGCACGAGAAGCAGCAUUCCAAACAUUUUCUCCUGAAGCCAAGGAAUCCGACAUUUAUAAGGAAAUCGAGCUCAGUUUAAACCAAUUAGAUAAUCCUUUUUCAACAUUUAACACAGAAACAAAGAGACGGAAAUAUUAUGAUGAAAAAUGGGAAAUCGUUGAGCCUAAAGAAUUUGUUCUUGGUGUGAGAUUGGAUACACGCAGAGGUAGAACUACAGGAGUUUAUAGUCAAAUUCCUGUCACAGACAAAUACAUGUAUGUACCCAUUUUAGGCACAUUAAAUUCAAUUUUCAAAAAUAGUGAGAUAAGGGAGUGUUUUUUACAAGAGAAAUGCAGAAAAAUUGAGACAUACAGUGACAUAAGUGAUGGAUUAUAUUUUAAAAACCAUCCUCUAUUUUCAAAACAGAAGUAUGCUCUACAGAUUUUGCUGUAUUACGAUGAUUUUGAAAUGGCAAACCCAUUAGGGUCAAAAAAGGGGAUCCACAAACUUGGCUGUGUUUAUUUUACUUUAAAAAACCUCCCUCCAAAGAUGAACUCAGUGCUGAUGAAUGUACAUCUGGCAGUUCUUUUCUACACAGAAGAUUUAAAAAAAUAUGGUUUUGAGGAAAUAUUAAAGCCUCUAAUUGAUGAUUUGGAAAUUUUAGAAACACAAGGAAUCAAACUUCCAUUCAUUGAAGAACCAUUGUUUGGCUCUGUAAUUCAAGUUACAGGUGAUAACCUUGCUUUAAAUAGCUUGUUAGGAUUUGUUGAAUCAUUUAGUGCAACACACUGGUGUAGGUUCUGUCUGACAAACAAGGAAGAAAUUCAGUCUGUGUUUACUGAGAAUAAUCCUGGUCUUGUUCUGCGUUCUAGAGAACUCAUUGUUGAACAUUGUAAUGCUCUAAGAGAAGAUCCUGCUCUGCUUUCCAUUUAUGGUGUUAAAAAAUAUUGUGUGCUCAAUUCAUUAAAAUAUUUUCAUAGCAGUGACAAUUAUGCUGUUGAUAUAAUGCACGAUUUGUUGGAAGGGGUCGUACAGUACGAGCUUAAGUUGGUUUUUCAGUACCUGAUGAAAAAUGGCUACAUCUCCAUGAACACAUUAAUGGACAGGAUAAAUAGCUUUAAUUAUGGUUACUUGGAACGUCAAAACAAACCAAGUGGGUUAAAACUAGAUGACAACAGUAAACACUUAGGUUUCAAUGCCAUUCAGUCUUGGUGUGUUCUCCGCAACACUCCCCUUAUCUUUGGUGAUAUAGUUGAAAGGGACAAUAAAUACUGGAGCUUCUUACUCCUUUUGUUGCAAAUCGUUGAUAUUGUGUUUUCCACAACCCUUACCGAUGGCAUGAUAUGUUAUUUGAAAUAUUUAAUUCAUGACCACCAUAACAUAUUUAAUGAACAACACUGA